AUGGGAGGAAAACAGGCGAAAUACAUAAUAACAGACCAGGACCAGGCGAUGAAGACUACAAUAAAGGAAGCUCUUCCGAGGACGAGGCACAGGUUCUGCUGGUGGCAUAUUAGUAAGAACAUGAAGGAAAAUAACGCAGCAGUGUUUGCGCAACACCUAGGGAUGUAUGAUGAUUUAUUUCGAAUCAUCAAAAACUCACUAGAUCAAGAUGAGUUUGAGCGUUCCUGGAAAGCAGCAAUUUCUGGGCACAAGGCGGAAGGCAACAAACACCUGAACACGCUAUGGGAACUCCGGAAUUUCUGGGUGCCGGCCUACUUCAAGGACUGCUUCUAUCCUUUCUCGUCAACAACCACUCGCAGUGAAAGCACGAAUUUGAUGUGGAAGAAUUACGUCGACCACAGGGACACUAGAAAAAGGUUUGUUAAUGCGUAUCACAUAAUUCAGCAAAAUUUCCUCGCGACGCUUGACAAGAAAAGACACCGAACAAAAGAGAAGGCACCAUCACUAGAGACGGGUUUUCCGAUUGAAAGACAAGCAAGUGAAGUAUACACGAAUGAAAUUUUAAGGAAAUUCCAGCUGGAGCUACGGAACCGGACAUACUACAAGUGCUCUGACUUGGCAAAGGGGAGGCAUUAUUUUUUAAAAAGGAUUAUUGAGCCUGGAACAAAAGAGUGGAAACCAUAUCCAGGCGAGGAAUUUGACAGGUCUGAGUUUAGGGUAGAUGUGGAUGAGCAAAAGGAAAUAUACAAUUGCAGCUGCAAGAAAAUGAUUACGGAUGGCAUUCAGUGCUGCCAUGUGCUUAAGGUGGUGGACCAAACAGGCAUGAUUGAUAAACUUCCAAAAUCCUUCAUCGUUCCCAGAUGGACCAGGAAUCUAUCAGAGAGCCUGAAAGUUCUGUCUACAAGUCAAGGUGAUAGCAUGACCGCACAAGACGAUGAAACUAUGAGAUUUGGCCUCUCUUACGCUGAGUUGUCGGAUAUCUGUUCAAAUGCUUGCAGAAAAGAGAAGGCAUACAGUGUGCUGCGUGAGUGUAUGCUAGAUAUGAAAAUAAAAGUCAUGGCGGCACUUGCUGAGGAACCAGACACAGGCAUUCUUGCCGAAACUCUCAAGAACCCUCCCAUGAGUGGCUCAAAGAGCACAAAAAAGGAGAUCGAAUCAAAGCUAGUUCUGAGAAGAAAGGAAAAGGCAACAAAGCCGCAUCCAAGUGCGGCCGUUGUGGAGUAA